CGAGCGCCGCCUCCGCCUCCUCCCUCGCUGCCCCCUCCGUCUCGCUCGGGCGGCCGCUGAGGGACGAGCUGUGGUGCCCGCGCCGGGCGACCCUCCCCGCCGCUCCCCUCCGCCGCGGGCCGAGCCGGGCCGAGCCGAGCUGAGCCGGGCCGGGCGAGCCGGAGCUGGAUGCGCGCAGCCCCGCGCCCAGGGCGGGCAGGCAGGCGGCGGCGGCGGCCAUGGCGUCCAACAUGGACCGGGAGAUGAUCCUGGCCGACUUCCAGGCAUGUACCGGUAUUGAAAAUAUUGAUGAAGCCAUUACAUUGCUUGAACAAAAUAACUGGGACUUAGUGGCAGCUAUAAAUGGUGUAAUACCACAAGAAAAUGGCAUUCUACAAAGUGAAUAUGGUGGAGAAGCUUUACAAGGACCAGCAUAUGGUCCCACGAGUCAUCCUACCGCUGCCUCUUCGACUUCUUCCUCAUCUUCAGCAUUUCGACAUGUAGUGCCAUCCAGACAAAUAGUGGAAAGACAACCACGAAUGCUUGAUUUUAGGGUGGAGUACAGAGACAGAAAUGUAGAUGUGGUACUUGAAGACAGCUCCACAGUUGGAGAGAUCAAACGCAUUUUAGAAAAUGAACUUCAAAUUCCUGCAUCUAAAAUGUUGCUUAAAGGAUGGAAGACCGGAGAUGUAGAUGAUAGUACUGUUUUAAAAACUCUACAUUUGCCAAAAAACAACAGUCUUUAUGUUCUAACACCUGAACUGCCCCAUCCUUCAAGUAAUUCUGGGGCCCUGCAGGAGUCAUUAAAUCAAAACUUCAUGCUGAUCAUCACCCAUCGAGAAGUCCAGCGGGAGUACAACCUCAACUUCUCAGGAAGCAGUACCAUUCAGGAGGUAAAGCGGAACGUGUAUGACCUAACUAGUAUUCCUGUUCGUCACCAGUUGUGGGAAGGCUGGCCUCCUUCUGCGACAGAUGACGCUAUGACUCUAGCUGCAUCAGGGGUGACUUAUCCUUGUCAUCGACUUACAGUAGGAAGAAGAUCUUCACCUGCACAAACCAGAGAACAGUCAGAGGAGCAAUGUACUGAUGUUCAUAUGGUUAGUGACAGUGAUGGAGAUGACUUUGAAGAUGCUACAGAGUUUGGAGUCGAUGAUGGAGAGAUGUUUGGAAUGGCAUCAUCUGCCUUGAGGAAAUCUCCAAUGAUGCCAGAAAAUGCUGAAAAUGAAGGAGAUGCCUUAUUACAAUUUACAGCAGAAUUUUCCUCAAGAUACGGUGAUUGCCAUCCCGUGUUUUUUAUUGGAUCACUAGAGGCUGCUUUUCAAGAAGCCUUCUAUGGAAAAGCCAGAGAUAGAAAGCUUCUUGCUAUCUACCUCCAUCACGAUGAAAGUGUACUAACUAAUGUGUUCUGCUCACAAAUGCUUUGUGCCGAAUCUAUUGUUUCAUAUCUGAGUCAGAACUUCAUAACCUGGGCAUGGGAUAUGACAAAAGAAGCAAACAGAGCAAGGUUUCUGACAAUGUGCACUAGACACUUCGGUAGUGUUGUGGCCCAAACAAUUCGAACUCAGAAGACAGAUCAGUUUCCGCUUUUCCUUAUUAUUAUGGGGAAACGAUCAUCUAAUGAGGUGUUGAAUGUAAUACAAGGUAACACAACAGUGGAUGAGCUAAUGAUGAGACUGAUGGCUGCAAUGGAGAUCUUCAGUGCCCAGCAGCAGGAAGACAUAAAGGAUGAGGAUGAACGUGAAGCUAGGGAGAAUGUGAAGAGAGAACAGGAUGAAGCUUACCGCAUUUCACUUGAAGCUGAUAGAGCCAAGAGGGAAGCUCAGGAGAGAGAAAUAGCAGAACAGUUUCGUUUGGAACAGAUUCGAAAAGAACAGGAAGAAGAACGCGAGGCCAUCAGGCUCUCUCUAGAGCAGUCUUUGCCUCCAGAACCAAAGGAAGAGAGCACCGAGUCGGUCAGUAAGCUGCGUAUACGAACGCCCAGCGGAGAAUUCUUUGAGCGCCGUUUCCUGGCCAGCAGUAAGCUGCAGGUUGUCUUUGAUUUUGUAGCUUCCAAGGGAUACCCUUGGGAGGAGUACAAGCUGCUGGGUACCUUUCCUAGGAGAGACGUGACUCAAUUGGAUCCAAAUAAAUCAUUACUGGAGGUAAAACUGUACCCUCAAGAAACCCUCUUCCUAGAGGCAAAAGAAUAGCUCGAACCAGAUUGUAGGACUAGUAAUCCUUUGACAAGCCAGAGGCACAGUGUCAGGAGAAAGGCUUCUAUCAAAAUCACCUUGUACUGUCAUCUAACUCAAUUCAAUGUCACAACUCUGCCUCUUGCAAGAAUCUUGAAAAAAUAAACAUAGCUACUUAAAUUUCCACAUUCAUGAGUAUAUGUUUCCAACCUCGUUUAAAUGAGCAGAGGAUACUAUUCUGCUAUGAACACUGAACAUUAUGACUCUGUUGCUCACUUAUCAUCUGGCUUUUGUUAUAAUUAAUGCACUGUUAAAAUGUGAGUGAUUGUUAAGUAGAAUUUUUACUCCUCAAAUGCCCCCUUUUCACCAAGAAAUCUUGGACAUUUCUGCCUGUACUUUUGACACUAGAAUGCUGUAUAUUUGAUAUCUUGCUGAGCCAGUGCUCUCAUAUAUAUGCAUUUUAUUUCUGUGUUUGAAUUUCUACUUUGCCACCUAAUUUAAGAAGGCAGAAAAAAAUAAAUAAAUGGGACAUUUUCAGCCAUGGAAAUUUAACAGUAUUAUAGUAGAAAGCAUAUAAUUUUUUUGUUAGUACCUUCGACUUCUUUGAUAAGAUGUAAGGUUUUGUUUGAAGAAUAUAGUUUGACAUAUAUGCAAGAUAUUUAUUUACUGGUUCUGCUUUGGGUCUCAGUUCCGAUUCAGUUUAGAAAGUAUUUUCCAUUAGAUUGCAGUGUGUGAAACUGCUUAUUGCAUGAUGUGAAUAUUUAAAUAUUAGAAAUGGGCCAGUACCAGAGACCUGGUAUCUUGCCAACACUUCAGGAAUCAGCUGAUAUUGAAUAUCAGCUGUUAAAAACCUUUCAAAUACCAGAUACAAAAGUUCUUUAUUCCUCAUUGUGGAAGAAAUGGCAGUUCCCAUUUUUGCAUUCUUCCUUCGCUCUGGCACUUGUUUGUAUCCUAUUACUCUGCUGUUUUAAAGCACCUUGUUUGUUCACCCAACAAUAAGUAUCUAAAGAGAUGAUGUAAUAAGAAAUCUGCCUUAUUAUUGCACACUUCUGACAUUUUAACAAUAGGUUACAGAUCUGGUCUCAGACUUUAACAAAAAAUCCAGUUUUAUUGUCUCAAAUGUAUGCACCAAUUGUCUUGUACCUCACGUGGAAAAAAAUGGUACCAUAUAUUCCUAAACCAUAGAAUGAGUACAGACCAGAAAACACAGUUUUGAAUUCUUUUAAAUCUCUAGGCUGACAGUGUACUACACUCUUCCACAAUGAGUGUAGUACACGAUAGCAUUGCAGAAACAUCGGCUACUAAUCAAACUCAUUUUUGAAGGCCUAGAAUAUUAUUUUCCACAUUUGUUAACAUGUAGCUCAUAUUCUUUAUCAUAGCAGAUUAAAUGCUGAGUUGAACAUUUUAUACUAAUCGGAAGCCAAUUGUAACACCUUUCGUUUUUGUUUCGUUUUUCUUUUGGAGGGAUGGUGAUCGUGAAGGUGAUACGUUGUUGUCUUUCCGAAAAAUGCGAAAUUCAGAGUGGGAAAAGCCUUACUGUAUUUUUAUGAUAAUUCUGCAAUUAGUGAAUGCACUCAUCACAGUUUUAGAAGUGAUGUAUAUGUGACAAAUGAAAGGCUUGAAAUUUUAAUAAUCUAGAGUCCACAAACACAAAAUAAAAAUCAAGAGGAUGGCAAAGAAGUGUAGUGGAGAGCUAAGUGCAGACACAUGACUUUAAAUCUUGUGCUGCUUCUCACAGAUAAAAACGAGUCUAGCAAAUCUAAAAUUAACAUAGGUUGCAAACUAGAAUGACAUUGUUUCCACAAACAGGCACUGCAAUUCACACCAAAGCCAUUUCAAAGGGGAUGCUUUAGCUUUUCUUCUUUUUCAGAUUAGCUCUUCAUUUUAAGCUGGAUAUUAAAAAAGGAGUUGCUGAAAUAUUGCAGCAUACAGCAGAGCACCCUUUUAGUUAACUUUUUUUUAUAUUUAAUCUGUUCUGUCUAACUUUUUUUGAUCUCAUCAUGUUUUCUUUCACUCAACUUCAUUUCUGUAUUUUGACUAUAUUUUCUUUACUUUGAUACUAGUUUCAUAAAGUUAUUAAAUAUGGCUUGAAUAUUUGUUAAACCUGUUGAAGUCAGUGCUCCCAGUCCUGUCCCUCCCCCUUCAUCCCCCCAAUAUUUGUUUGGCAUUUUUUUCUCAUUUUGCUCAUACCACAAAAUACACUAUCAUCAUCAAAAUAUUGUGGUGAUAAUUAAUGGACAGUGUUUGAAUUGGUGAUAUUGCUGCCGUCUUCUAAUGUAUAAAAAUCCAUCCUCCAGAAUUGCAGAUAAGUAUAUCAUUCUAUUUGAAUAAAGUGCUUAUGAUUUGGGUUCUUAAAGAUGUUGGGCUAAUUCUGAAAAGCAACCUUCUGGAUUUCAGUCCCUUUUUCAAAUGAGGCCCAUAAUGCAAAAUUAUUCCAGUGUAGAUAAAUCCGUAUCCUAUGCCAUCAUUUUUUUGUUACCCUAAAACAGGCAAAGUAUUCACAUCAUAUGAUCUGCCGGCACAGUUAAUCCAUCAGUCAUUAUUUAGACUAAUUUUGUUAUGUACUAUAACCCUAAAACUGUUACAAUGUUACUACCGAGCAUAUCACUGAUUCUGCUUUUAUAUCUUUAGCUCCCUCAUUAAUGGAUUAUCAUUAAUGUGAUUAAUGCAUUAAUAUUAAAUCUUAAGGAAUUAUUGUUAAUUAACGGAAUCCUGUAACGAAGUGCUGGCUUUGACUAUUACCCUUAGCACAUUAUGGUGAAGUUGGAGCUCUUUCUGUGGCUUCUGAGGAAACGUCCUGCUUUUGGCAUUGCUGUUCUAAAUCAAUAUUAGAGAGUAUGCAAAACCCAAGUGUUUCAUUUGUAUUCUCUUCAUCUGCACUUUUAAAUUUAGUGAGGGUAUUUAGGGUGGUUUUUUUUAAUAGAACUACUUUUUUAAUGUAGCAGAACAGGACUUCGGCUUUCAAAAAAGUGUACCUUUUCAUUGAUAUUAGAAACAUCAAAUAAAUUUGCAGUUGCAGAAAUGUUCCUACUAAAAUGUACGUUACCUGUGCUUAAAACGUGAUACGCUUUCACUCCUCUUGUGUAUGUGUGGGAGAGAAACAGUGUCUCCAAAGCCCAGAUCCAGGGAGGGAGUUAGGCUACUGGCCCCAUAGGUGAAUACACAGCCAUGAGUUAGGUAUUUAGGCACAAAGGGACUUAGGCGCCUCACAAAAGCACAAAAGGGGGCAGGUGCCAAAGGGCAGCAGAGUGAGCGGGGAACCAAGAGGGAACACUAUUAACAAGUAAAUCCUACCCUUUUCUGUGGCUUAGGCACCUUCUCAGUGCCAUCAGGGGGUGCCUUCCUCCGCUCAGGAUUUCACAGCCUAGAACUCAGUCGUGCAGGUAAGUGCCUCAACCUUGUCCAAAAAUUGACUGAGAGACCCAUUCCGUUCUUUCAAAGGAGUCAUGAUGGUCCCUGAGUUUCUUCCCUCGUAAAACAGUUCAGUGGUUGGAGCCUCCAUUCAGGAUGUGGUAGGUGUGGGUUCAGUCCCCCUCUCUGCCUCAAGGGAUUCAAACCUAUGUGUCUUCCCUGGCAGCAGAGUGCCUUGGCCCUCAAACAGUGGAUUAUGCAGGUGUGGGAGAUGCUUCGUGCAUCCUGUUGAUGGAGACUUUGCACGGGCUGCUUGAAGAGUCAUUGGGCCAGAGGUCUAGAGAGAGAAUGAGCGCGACUCGUUAGAGCACUCACCUGGAAGGAGGGAAGGCCUGGGUACUGGUUCCUGUUACAGUGGCUAUUUUUGUCUUUUUUCCAAAGUGGAUGUUAGAUUGGACUUAGGCAUGAAAGUCCUUUUGUGGUACAGCUGCUUCUCUGUUUAUCUAUGGGAUAAAUUUUGCAAAGGUUUCAUAGUAUUGGAGGAUUACAUAAUGAAUACAAGCACUGCUAACAUUCCUUACUUUGUUAAUGGUUUGGAGAAACCCGUAUCACACCAUAUAUGGUUUCGGCAAUUCGUAACUGUGUAACUUUUGCAUUGCCCCUCAAGUCUCACCAAUUUAAUAUUUUGAGGUUGUCUACAUAAUUUUUUUUGUACAGUCAGUUAAUUCUAACUUUAAUUUGUCGAUUGUUUCUUAGUCUGGUGUGGAGGGGUUUUGUAAGCUUACAUUAAAAACAUUAAAGUAA